AUGUCUGGCAUUUCUCGUCUUCUUGAGGCCACCACGGUCCUGCUCGCUGCUGGCGCCGCCGUUGCCAACCCCAUCGAAGCUCGUGGCACCAUCAACCACGAUGCGGUCGUUGGCUUCUCCCAGACCGUUCCUGGUGGCGUCACCGGCAGCGUCUACCUGGCGUACCAGCCGCUUCUCAAGGUCGUCAAUGGCUGCGUGCCCUUCCCGGCUGUCGAUGCCUCGGGCAACACUGGUGGUGGUCUUCAGGACACGGGUGCCAGUGAAGGCCACUGCUCCAAGAGCACCGGUCAGAUCUACGUGCGCAAGGGCGAGCUGAACGGCAAGACUGCGCUCAUGUACUCCUGGUACUUCCCCAAGGACGAGCCGUCUGACGGCAUUGGCCACCGUCACGACUGGGAGGGCACCAUUGUCUGGCUCAAGAGCGGCACGAGCACGGCGGCCAACAACAUCGCGGCCGUCUGCCCGUCUGCCCACGGCGGAUGGAAGUGCGCCACGAGCGGCUACAACCUGCAGGGCUCCAAGCCGCUCAUCAAGUACGAGAGUGCCUGGCCCCUGGACCACUCUUGCGGCCUGACCAACGUGGUCGGUGGCAGCCAGCCUCUGAUUGCCUGGGAGAGCCUGCCCAACGUGGCCCGUGUCGCUCUCACGAACACGGACUUCGGCAAGGCCAACGUUCCCUUCAAGGAUGCCAACUUCAACAGCAACCUCGCCAAGGCCACCUUCUAA